ACAGACUAAUUUUACGGAAAUUCUUGUUUCUUUCACUUGCCAUCGUGAGAGCGGUCUUGUGAAAAUUAUUAAAAUGGCAUCGUUGUGUAGACAAAUUAUUCGUGGAAAUGCAUUUAAAAGUGUCAUUUUGUCGAACGCCAGGCGCGGAUUUGCCGACAAAAUGAUGCCGGACCCUCUGGAGCAUGCCACCGGGCUGGAGAAGAAGGAGCUGCUCGCGCUGCAGUCCGGAGACGACGACCCCUUCAACAUGAAGGUGCUGAAGAAGAAGGCCGGCACCAAGGACAUGCCCACCCUCGUGCCAAGCUGCUUUGACGCGCGUAUCGUUGGAUGCAUAUGCGACGAACACGCGACCGCUAUCAACUGGCUCUGGCUACACAAGGGUCACCCCCGUCGCUGCGAGUGCGGGCACUGGUACAAACUGAUCGAGAAGACGCCGCUAUAAAUACCUUAAAAUACAUUUUAGUUUACAAAUAAUGUAGUGGAAUCAAUAAACAUUGUUAUCGACACCUUUGCACACUGGCAACACUGGGCUGUUGUCUAUGCUUCUGCCUCGCAGAAUGUUGCCAAUUAAAAUAUAAUUUUAAGAGUA